GGAGGUGGACGGUGAGGGAGAACAUUGGGCGGAGCUUUGAGCUGCCAGAGGGAGAGAGAGUGCGGCUCGCUGGUAAGAAUCGCCUCCCUGCUUUUACUCUGCCGGCAAACUUUGCGCGUGGCUUGAACACUCCACCUUGUGUGUCUCUUCGGGCUCUCUUCUGUACGUGCAAAUGACCGGUGGUCGAGCGCGAGUGAGAGAAGAAUACGGAGGCGUGAGGGGGGGACAGCGGGGGUGCGAACUCCUCGCCGCCCGCACCAGAAAUAAAGAGUCGCGAGGAGAGGAGCAGCGCCGAGCUAGCUAGCUAGCUGCGAGAAGGGAAUAGAGGCGACGGCGACGCUCAGAGAAGGGAAGAGAAGAGAAGAGAAGAGCGGCGGAGACGCUGCUCUCUCGGGGUGGGGAUGAAGUUGUCGAGCGAUAGGCGUGGUGGGGGCAGACGGUGGGCGCCUCUUUCACUCCCCUCAAUUUCCCGAAGAGCGAAGUACGGAGCCACCAAUCCUCCCCCUUCCCCUCAAUCCGCGACGACAUCCAGAGGUGGCCGCGACGCAGGAAACUCAGGCUCUGUCCGCACAGUCGGCGCGGGACCGCGCUGCUAUUCAGAGCUACUCUGUGACGCACGUUUAUUUUACGUUACGUUAAUAUAAGAUUAGUAAUAAAAAAAAAGAAAAAUCAGAAAAGAAAAAAAACGAAACAAACUCUGUCCGAAUAUGGUGAAAUGUGAUAAAUUACGAUAAUUUAAAAAAAAUUGUACGACGUUGUUUGUUUUAUCGGAACGGUUUUCGAAUCGUACGUCGGUCCGAAUUGUUGAAUUUUUUUUUCUUUCUUUUUACUCGAAAUAUUUUUCUCCCCUUCGAAUCUAAUCGUUCGAAUUUCGAAACUUCGAUAUCGGACAAAAAUUGAAAUCGUAAACGAUACACGCACAAACGGAGAGAAAGAGACUUGGAGUAUAUAAGCUGAAAAAUUGUUGUUGUUGUUGAUAUUGUUGUUCUGUUGUUGUUGUUGUUCAUGUUGAUGUUGAUCCUGUUGUUCAUGUUCAUGCAUCGUUGAUUCCAGCUGUUUUUGUUGCGAGUCGACUCACGUACACAUCAACAAUUGUUAUCGAAGUUACAUCGUCGACGAAAAACAGUUUUUUUUUUUUUGGAAAAUUGUUUUUUUUUCCAUAAAAUGUUAACAUCGAAUCCAUCGAUCGGAAAAUCGACGAUACCGACGAUCGAAUCAUGUUGAUCGAAGAGAUGAUUUCUACUGUGAAUCGGUGUAACGAUACCGUCGAAUCACCGACGGAUAUUUGAAAUAAGAAAUACAAAUUUAAAGGGCUGAGUAUUCUCCGAAAUAUCUCAUUCAACGUCUCGUUAAAGUGAUUCGUUUAAAGGCCAGCGUGUAACGUCGGGGAUUUAAAGAGCCGCGCACCGCUCUUUAAAUAUCGUUUGGUUUAAAAUCCAUUCAUGAAACGCCAUCGUCCUACGUCCACGGAGGAAACUAAUCGAGAUAAUCAGGAGUGAAGUAAUUAAAAACUGACGACGAGGCGACCGCACAACGACUGCUGACGGGCAUUAAAUCUAUGCGGUUCGAUUUUCUUUGCCUUCGUAUCACAGAGACAGAAAUUUUUCGCAUCAACUUCAUCGACGGCGACGGAUGCAGCCGAGGGCCAGUAAAACCGCGUUUAACAAAUCUACAGUGUCUUAACUAAAAUCGUUCAUCGUUACGUACGUUGAAAAUAGAAAAUCCACGAACUGAGAUUUUUGUCUAAAAAAGAGAAGAAAAAAGAAAAAAAAAAAUCAAUUACUAAAAUUGUGAUAAUAGAAAUGUACAGGAUUUGAUUUAUUGUGAUACCGAAGUUGAGUGGAUGUGAAUUUUAUAUCGUAUUAAAAAAAAACCUAAUCGAACGUGGGUCCGAAAUCAAAAAUCUUCGAGACCUCGGAAGAACGUAAGUGGAACACGAUCGGCCACGACAGAAAGCUCACACGUUCACAUUUUUUCUACUUCGCCGGAGCCGCUGCUCAUCCAUCCGACAAUUAAUCCCCGGAUCACCGAACGAGCCGCAAAUUAAAGGAAAAGCUAAACAGUCCGGACGAGGUGGGAGGCAGUACGGUGGUAGCGGAGGAGGGUGUCGCGGGGGACAUAAGGAAGGGCCUCAGCGGCGGGUGCCGCGCUUCGCCGAUGACUAUGGCUGAGAGUGCCGUGGAGGACGCUGCCGCGCCCCCGGGACCCGCCAAACCUCCGCCCUGCACCAACAACAACACGUUAUCGGCUACGGCGAAUCGCAAUCACCGGCACCGGAAGCGCAAGCGACUGUCUCAGGUACUCGACAUCCUCCAGGCGCACAGAAGCUCCCCAUCCGAGGGCGAGGUGUUUCGCUUCGACGGCACCACCGCGGUAUCCGAGGAGGACGAAGAGGUGUUCGGAUCGUCGAGGUCGCCGCUCGCCGACAGUCCGGGUAGAAUAAAUUUCUCCCCUUUGAGAUUGAAGGAGGAAAUCAACGCCGCGAACGUCGACGAUGACGUAACGCACAAUUUGACCGCUCAAAGAGACGCAACGUCUUUCGCCUCUGGAGCGGGACAAUACGGUAGAAAAAAUCUCAGGCUACCGACCUACCAUCCCGCGAUGAGGUACGCCGGAUGUGCCUGCGUUCACUGCGCCGCCACACCUCCGUUACUUCUGCCAUCGCCGGCGUCUCCCCUGACCCCGUUGACGCCCCUGACGCCCCUGACGCCGGCUUCGUUGACCCCGUUGACCCCGGUGUCGCCGUCCUCCUACAGUUUCGAGCACUACCUCCACACCAAGUACCUUCCGGACAUAUUCAGACGACGGAGUCACUCGGACUCGGACGUUCCCGGAUGGGAGAGCAAGUCACCCCAGAUCCUCCAAGGACCCCAGAGGAGCGGUUCUCUGGAGAGCGACGCGACGUCGAGGACCGCCGCGACCACGACGACCACCGCCGCCGGAUCGACCGGCGCGAACAACAUGCAGGGCACCGCGAGUCCUCAGGAUCUGCCCCUGGAUUUGUCGAUGAAAAAAUGGGGCGCCAGACCGCCAGCCCUCCAAAUACUGCCGCCCGGCAUAGUGACCAGGGGUUCGGUGAGCGUCCCCGUGGUGAGGGGCGACGUAGCCUCCCCGACCACCAAGGAGAGCGUCGCCGUUCGUUACAACCUCGAGGUAUCGCCGGUGGUGGAAGAAAUGCCGCCGGGCGCCGACGUUGCCUACGUGUGUCCGGUCUGCGGGCAAAUGUUCAGUCUCCACGAUCGAUUGGCCAAGCACAUGGCUUCGAGACACAGGAGACAGGGGCCGCAAGACGCCUCGGCUAAGGCCUACCUGUGCGACGUUUGCAAGAGAAGUUUCGCCAGAUCCGACAUGCUCACCAGACACAUGCGGCUUCACACCGGCGUUAAACCUUACACGUGCAGGGUUUGCGGACAGGUUUUCAGCAGGUCGGAUCACCUCAGUACUCAUCAGAGAACGCAUACGGGUGAGAAACCUUACAAAUGUCCGCAGUGUCCUUACGCGGCUUGUCGCAGGGACAUGAUCACCAGACACAUGAGGACCCAUGCGAGGUAUCCCGACGGUCAACCGCUCAAAAGUGAAAUUGGCACGCCCGAGGGAAGCCCACCGUCGCCCGGACAGAUACAAAAUCACACCGCGGAUAACAAUUCACCGAAUUCCGGAUCGACCGCUGUCAAAAUGGAGUGGAAAAUGGAAUGACCUUUGUCAUUUGAUUUUAUUUGUUCAAUUGUUAAUGAAAUGAUGGAAAACGAAGUCAUUUUUCAUAAUAUCCAUAAUGCUGCUGCGGUACUCUGUGUUGUGAAGUUCUCUCUCUCUCUCUAUAUCUUUAUUUCUUCCCCCCUGAUUCAAAAUUACUAUUAUUUCCUGAUUUUGGGGGACUUUCAGUUAUUUUUUUCUUAUUUUUCAUUUUAUUUUUUUACUUCUCUACCAAAUCAGCGAAAAGAAAAAUGGAAGGUGCAUAUGCAGUGCGGUAUGUUUCGCUCGAUUGUUCAUUUUGCGUUUCGAUGUAAAGGUAGACCGCGUCUCAUAUCAUCGUCGUGUCAUCGUCUCGAUUAUCGCGCACACGUACUACUGGUAGAUCUCCUAUCGUCGUUUACGUAUUAAUUUAUUCACCUAAUUCUUACAUAACUGUACAUAAUUAUUCGGAAACAGUAUGAUAUUAAUAUCGCGCUAACAGUAUUAAUCUAACAAAAAUUACAUACCAUACGUAUGUAAUCUCAUCGAUUCAUUAAUUAUUCCAUAACGAACUAGAUUUGACAAUGAAGUAUAAGUUUUUUCGAGUGGAUCACAUUUCGUUCCUUUUACUGUACUUUGAUUUCUCUGAUAUUUUUGAACGCGAUAAUUUCACCUCCGAUAACUUCGUCUGCCACGUAUUAUUUCAUCGAUAAUUAAAAAUAGAGAAAAAAAAAAAUAUAUGCCAGAUCGAUCGAAAAAUUUUGAAAAAAAAUCCCUUGACGAAACGUACUCCUCACCGAUACGGAUAAACGCUAUCGAUCGUCGUCAAUCUUUUCUCGCUUGUUUCGCGUGAAACGAAAGACGGAAAAAAAAUUCUCUCAGACAAAGUUCAUUAACGUUGAUUAAUUAAUUAUUUCAUUCAUCGAGUAACAUUGUAUAAAUACAUUAUACGUAUGGUAAAACGUAUAAAAAUAAAAAAAAAACAAGCAUUCCGGAACAUAAAAAUUUAAAAAAAUAAAAUAACAAAAAAUGUACAUAUAGAUACGUCGAACGAGUAAUAAUGCACGAUGCUGUGUAAUUAGCGAAUUAUUAUUAUCAUUAUCAUUAUUAUUAAUAAUAUUAUCAUUAUCGUUAAUAUAAAUUAUCGUUAUCAAUAAUUAAUUCAUUGGGUUGACGACCAAUUUCUGGUCAUGUUCUCUUAAUAAUAUGUUUAAUAUAAUGUCAUGUGAAGUACGUUGAAAUUUGAAUUCAAUUAUCUAAGAAUAUUUUAAGGAUUAUUGUUAAAUUAAUUAUUGACUGUAAAUAUAUUUAAGUUAAAUUAUAUCCCUAUACUCAUUUUAAACUAAAACUUCAAAUCAGAUUGAAAAAGAAAAGGGAAAAAAACGUAUGCCUGUAAUAACUUUACCUACCUUUACAUAUACAUUUUAUGCUCCGACGUUGUGAUCCUUGAUACACUAUAUGUACUGUACGUAUUAUAAUUUAUGAAUCACGUGAUUAGUUUUUUUUUUAUUUUAGUAAUUUUUCGUUUUGUACGUGUUAUGAUUAGGGUAAAAAGCUGUUUCAGAAACUCAUGAUAUACAAAAAUCUGCAGUGCCAAUUUCGUUGAAUAUCGUAAUUUUCGAUUGAAUGGGUAAGAAAAUUUCUUUUCAUCUUUCUUGAGAUGAUCUUUUCCGUGCACCAUUUUUUUAUUUUAUUAUCAUUUAUUUGUUACACUUUGUCAUAAGGUACUAAUAUUUAUACCUCGUACUAACAACAAGUCGUAGACUUGUAAUCUGGAAGGCUAGGAGAAAAAAAGAAGUUGGUUCGUACUUGAUAACUGGAGAUGAUUUUCUUUUAAAGAAUUUUAAACAUUGAAAUAGAAAAAAAAAACUAAUUUUCAAAAGUUCAUCGUACAACGUACAGAGAAAGAAAAUUAUCAGUCAGAAGAAAAAUAAUCAGAUGAAAUUGUAGGUGAUAGCGUCGAUACCAGUAAUAUUUAAUAACAAAAUUAACAACACCAAUGACAAUAUUAAUUAAUAAUAAAACUUAACAGAAAAAAAUUAUGAUAAGCAUUAACAGUAACUGUACAGGGCAUUACGCGGUGCGCGUGAAAAGUUGUGAGAAAAAAAAUAUCAAACGUGGAUCCACACAUACGUAUAGGGAACGAACGGCUGUUUUUGUAUGUCGAGUUGCUCGGAUCUUUUUCCCUUAAUUAUACUAUUUGACAUUUGACAUUUUUUAGUCGAAUGCGAGAAAAAUUGUUGUUAAUCGUUAUCGAAACAUUGAUUAGUAUUUAAGUAGUUUUUCUAAACGUUUUGAUUUUUUCUAUUUGCUCUCUCGCUUGCCAUUUACCUUGCCCUAACUAAAAUAAUAUGAUUAUGCAUAACUAGUUUUUUUUUUUUUUGCACUCAUUAGUAGCUUUUUUUUUUCUAUUAUAAAGAAAAUUGAAAAAAUAUCAUUCAGUGUAAGUUGGAAAUCAUGUGAAAUUUUUCGAAUGUUAGAAAAAUGACCAAAUUCACCGAUGUGUUAAAGAUUGAUUAAGGACAAGAUAAACUUUCUCCAAAUCUACUGCAGCAGCAACACGUGUGUCAAAUGAAUAAUGAAUUAGGAUCAUUUCUCUUGGAGAGUAUCAAUGGGUAUUUGUAUUUUAUCAAUCGUUGAUCUUUAAAAACGUUUAGUUACUUCAAUCGACCGGAUUCAGGCGAUUUUUGCAUUGAAAGAAUCAAGAAGAGAAAAUUUGAAAGAGAAAAAACCGUGCCAGACAAUUAUCUAUAUAAUAUAUAUAUAUAUUGACAUGUUCAUAAUUAAUAAUUAAAUUACUUGGCUAUCAUUACAGUUAUAUUAAUAUUACUAUCAUCACUAUUUUUAUUGCUAUUACGAUACUUAUUAAUAUUACAAUCCCUAAUUAUUUUGUUAAGUGAUUAAUGAUGUUUAAUGCUUCUAUUAUUUAUUUUGUUACCCUGUUUUCUUUUCUUUUUUUUUUUUUGUACACCUCUUUACACAUCCCGUUUCCAUUCCAAAUCUCCUUUUCCCUCCCCGAAAAGAUUUCUGUUUUUUUUUUUUUUUUUUUUUUUUUCAUCAUUAUUUCGAAUUGUACAAGUUAUCGUAUUGAGAUAGGGAAAGAAGAAGUUAGUCCUGUGUGCAUUUACUAUUGUUAUAAAAAUUUUGAGCAAGAUUAAAUCGUAUUUUUGUUGUAACAAUUGAUCGGAUGUAAAAUGAAACGUUUUAGUUCUCAUUUAAUUAUCAUUAGGCAUUUUGUUCUUCAUCAUUACUUCGAUUACCGAUUUUUCGGAUUAUUAAAUUUUGUAAAAAUAUUAAUUAUUGAAUAAAGAAGAAACGAGAUAUCACAAUCCUCGCGAUGAACGAAUGAAUUAUUGAAAACGAAUAGAUGAAUAAAAAUAAUCACAGCCUAUUUUUGUAACGGUAGUAGAUGAGAUGAAAAACGCUAUUAAAGGAAAAAAUAAAUUGACAAAAAUUAAAAAAAAAAAAAUUAAAAAACCAGAAAAAAAAACCGCUAAUUAAAGUAAUAAUAAUAAGAAACAUAAAACCUUUCAUGGUAAAUAUGUAUAAAUUAUUGAAGAUUGUGUACGUUAAUUUAUAAAAUAUGUUGUGUUUACAAAUCGUGCCAGAAUGAUGAAAUAUAAUUUUUGAACGAA